AAAGGCAACCAACCAGUGGCUGGCUGGCAGGCAAUCUGAAAGAAAGAAAUAAAAAAUCAAAAGGGGAUUAGGGUUUGCAGAGAUCGAAGGUGUUACGAUCUGAAACUCAAUCCUAGCUUCAAAUUCUUCAACAAAGCUUCAUCCAUCCAUGUCUACUAAGUUCUCCAAGAAGCAGCCGCAGCGAUUAUCAUCAUCAACGUUGUCUUCCAAGAAGAAGAAGCAGCGAUUAUCGAUUCCAACUCGAACAGGAGAAGAAGACGACAGCCGGGUUAGUUCCCUUCCGGACUCAAUUUUAUGUAACAUUCUCUCCUUUCUCCCAACAAAAGAAGCAGUUGCCACAACCAUACUCUCAAAGAGAUGGAAACCGUUAUGCCUCUCAGUUUCCACUCUCGAUUUCAAUCUCUACAACCUCUCAAGACGUACCAUGAAAACAGCAGCCGAUCUAUCCCGUCUUGUAAACUCAGUCAUGCUAUCGCGUCACGACACACUCCCUAUACAAACAUUCCGCCUCAAAUGUUGUCCUUUUAGAAUCUGGGAUGCCGACGAUAUCAUCGAACUUAUUAUUUCAGCAAUACAAAGAAGAACUCAAACACUAGAACUUAACAUGAUGUUUAUUGAUGUACACAACAAUUUUGUUUCCAGCCUAUUCACUUGUAGGACGCUUACUGUUCUUAAGUUAAAAAAUUUAACCAUCCGGGAAGACAUUCCUCAAAUAAAUAACAAUAUAUCACCGCUCAAAACUCUUCAUUUGGAGACAGUUUUCUUUGUAACUCAUACACACCUCAUCAACUUUCUCUUAUCUUUUCCUCUUCUUGAGGAGCUGGAAGCAAAUGAUGUACUUAUAACUCCUCCGACGAUAUUUGUUCCAAAAAAAGCAGACAAGGUCAAAUGCUUGUCCAAUUUGGUGACAGCCAAGCUUUCUGGUAACGAGCUUAUUCCUUUAUUCUUGCUCUCUGGGGCACAUACAAGUCUCAUCAUAAAGCUAACACGGCCCUGCUUUGUCGAAGUCCCUGUUUUUUACAAUCUAACUCAAUUGGAGAUAUUCUCCGACUUAAAGCUUCAAAGUUGGCCUAAGAAGUGGAUUUGGAUUCUUGAAAUGCUUCAAAAUACUCCCAAGCUUCAACAUCUUAUCAUUCACGAGGUUUCACAUGAGAUAGAAAAUGGGAAUGAUCAUGAGGAGGAGUACAGUUGGUGGGAGGACCCAAAGAUUGUUCCCGAAUGCCUUUCAUCUCACCUCAAAACUUGCUUGUUUAGGAAUUAUAGAGGCAAUAAGUGCGAGCUUCAAUUUGCUGAAUAUGUUAUGCGCAGUUCAAAAGUGUUAAUUAACAUGACAAUUCACUGUGCCUGUGACAUAUAUUUAAAUGCCAAGUUCCAGAUGUUACAGAAAUUAUCUCUGUGUCCAAGGGACUGUAAAUUUGUAUUUGAAUGACAAGGGAGGCUAGUGUGUGUGUGUGUGUGUGUGUGUGUGUCUAUAUAUAUAUAUAUAUAUAUAUAUAUAUAUAUAUAUAUAUAUAUAUAUAUAUAUAUAUAUAUUGUUAGAUACUAGUGCGAGUCGGUGGUGUUUGAAAGACAAUAACUCUUCCUUAUUUGUCUUUUCAAUUAUGUAUAAACAUCCAUUAUCUAUAAACUGUUACUGAUGAUAAUAUACAUCCCAACGCUGUUCUUGACUUGGAAGUAUUGGAGAAUUUUUUGAAGGAUAAAAAGCAUUUCUAGAAUUGCAGAAUUUGAAGGAUAAUAUACAGAUGAUGAAGAGACAACGGCAGCUGUUAAAUAUUUCUAGAAUCGUGUUACUUCAAGUAAAGAGCCUUUUAUAUAAGUGGAUCCAGAGAGUAUCACUCCGGACUUGCGGAUUGUUGGUUCCUGGAGUGACGCAGUGACAGCUCGGACUACAUUCAAGAUCCCCAUCUUGGUGUGGUACUUCUCCCAACAUCAUUGCUUCUGAUGUUGUUCUAGCUAGCGACACUGGGCAUAGGGUGUAUACCGAUGAGGAAGAGACAGAAGCAGCUAUUAAUUAUUUGAAGAGCCGUUCUGCCGCCAUGGAAGAGCCUUUUACAGUGGUUUCUAAGGCUAAGAAAAAGAAACCGCAGAAGGCAUUUCCGGUUUAUUUUACCCGUUCUACGGGAAGUAAUUUGAUGUAGUAUGUGUCCCUUUGUUUUCCUUUUGUAGCGUUUGUUUUUCUUUUCUUCGUUUUGUUAUGCAGCUGAUGCUUUUAUUUUCUUGCUCUUUUUGCUUGAGAAGGUUUUGGUCCAUGUCCCCCUUCUCUUUUUGUAUUUCCUUCUUUUUAUUUAUCUAUCUAGGGUGUUGUAGUUGGUUCUCCAUCUGCACCCUUUUUGCCUAAAAAAAAAGAAAUAUAAGUGAUCUCUAAGGCAGUGAAAAAAAGGUAU